CUGUUCUAUCCUUUCUCCAUUUAUUUCCUCCAGCCAACAUUCUGUGUGGCCUCGAUUUGAACUGUUGUUGUUGGCCUAAAUCAAAAUUGAAAGUUUUAUUGCCGCACGUGGUUUCAAAAUUAUCGCUUUUUGAAAAUGGGAAAGGGGAAAAAGAAGAAGAAGCAGCCACAAGGGAGUGUAGAGGAAAUUGACUCUUCAGUGCCCAGGUCAUUUGUGAUGCACAGAGGUGAUGUUGGUAAAUCUGUUUUGCAGUUGGAAACUGAUAUGAAGAGAGUAAUGGAGCCUUACACUGCUUUGAACUUGAAGGUCCGUAAGAACAAUGUGUUAAAAGACUUUGUUCAUGUUGCUGGACCUCUUGGGGUUUCGCAUUUUCUCAUCCUGUCAAAGACAGAAACUUCAACAAACUUUAGAAUUGCAAGGUUGCCUAGAGGACCAACUUUGACAUUCCAAGUACAAGAGUACUCUCUUAUGAAAGAUGUUGCAGCGAUUGUCAAGAAACCAAAAACUGUUGGCAAGCAGUACAAUUACCCCCCUUUGCUUGUUCUGAAUCACUUUAAUGCCGACACCACAGAGAUGAAACUUAUGACAACAAUGCUGCAGAACAUGUUCCCAUCUAUCAAUGUUCGAAAGGUGAAGUUAUCAGAAAUUCGAAGAUGCGUCUUGUUUAAUUACAAUGAAGAUACCAAAACAAUCGAUUUUCGGCAUUACAAUAUCGACGCAGUUCCCGUUGGGUUGUCAAGAGGUGUGAAGAAAUUGAUGAAGAAUAGAAUUCCAGAUUUAGGCUCUCUCACUGACAUUAGUGAGUUCGUUACUGGAUCAUGUUACAUGUCAGAAAGCGAAGGAGAAGAACCUGUCGAAAGCCAAGUUGUUCUGCCUCAAAAUGUUCAUGGCAGAGGCAAUGUGAAAGCAUCACAGAGUGCAAUCAAGUUAACUGAGCUUGGGCCAAGACUAACUCUGCAGCUCGUCAAGGUUGAAGAAGGCAUCUGUGAUGGAGAAGUUCUUUUUCACCAGUUUGUUCAUAAAACUGAAAAGGAGAAAGAGGAAUUACGUACAAGGAAAAGGGAAAGAAAAGUACUAAAGGAAAAACGAAAGAAAGAGCAGGAAGAAAACAUAAAACGAAAAGAAGUUGAAAGACAGAAAAACAAAGAAAAAAGUCUUGCUGGAAUGGAAAAGAAGAGGAAAUCAGAGGGUGGAGGAAAAGACGAUUCUGAAAGCGAUGAUGAUACGGAAUAUUUCAGACAAGAGGUUGGGGAGGAACCAGAUGAAGAUUUGUUUUCAAAGCCAGCGAAAAAGGGAACCAAAAGAAAGUUUUCGACGGAUAGGAAGCCGUUCAAGAAGCGAAGGAUGGAUGGCGAAACGUCUGCAAAGACUGCUUCAAAAAGGAAAUUUCCUUUCAAAAGUAACGAUAGGUCAUCAGAUAAACGACAGACAAAAGCUAAGAAGUUUCCUAUUAAAAGAACAAGUACUGGUAAAUUUAAGGGAAAAGGUAGGGUUUUGGGUAAAAAGGCUGCAAAAAGAUAAUCUUAUGAUUUCGUAAUUUUAUGGCCUGAGUAAUCUUGUGUUCCUUUGGAUGUCAAAAUAUGUUUUUAAAAAUGUUGUUUCUUUCUUGUGGCA